UAGAGUGCAUCAUCACAUUGCUGGAAUAAAGGUAGUUAAUAUAAGAAGUGAACAUCCUUGUCCUUUGAAGAACUCUUACUGGUACAAGGUCUUAAUGUUAUUUGAAUGGAGUCUGCCGUACAACAAGAACGAGGGGAUUCUGCCACUUCUCCUAUUUUACCAUAUUCUGGAAUAAUAAACUCUACAGAGCAGAAAGGGCAUGUGGAGUGACAUUAAUUACAGCGCUUUUACAUAGAAACGCAACUGGAAAAACUCACACAGAAAGUCUGGAGCCGUGCUUCUAAGAAAGGAAAUUCUACUACAUCACAAUGUUAAGAGAUCCCGUCUCACGCUACCUUAGUGAAUGGAGGCAUGUCCAACGAGGAGCCACGUGGAAGACCUCACUCCACAUGUGUGAUGGGAGGACACCAACGCCUGAGGAACUGCCGCCGUGCUACGAGGGGAACGACUGGUCAGGCUGCACACUUCAACAAUUCAUGGACUGCCCAUUUAACCUGGCAAACAACCGGCAGGUGAGAAUGCUUGCAGACCUCAGUCUGGUGGGCUGCUACAAUAUGUCCUUCAUUCCCGAGAGGAAGAGAGCCCAGAUGCUUUUGGAAAGCGCCAAGAAGAACCUCAAAGAUAUGGCUUUCUUUGGUUUGACUGAAUUCCAAAGGAAAACGCAGUACUUGUUUGAGCGGACUUUUAAUUUACAGUUCAUUAAGCCCUUCAUACAGUUCAACAGUACCCGCGCAUCGGGUGUGGAGAUCGAUAAUGAGACAAUCCACAGGAUUGAGGAACUUAAUGACCUAGAUGUGCAACUGUAUGACUAUGCAAAAGACCUUUUCCAACAGCGGUUCCAGUACAAAAGGCAACUAGAAAGGAUGGAGCGACGGAUACGGAAUCAGAAGGAGCAGCAACAACAGAAGAUCCCCGAGGAACUGCCCAAAGAGGAAAUGGAAGAGCAGGGACGCGUACCCACAGAGGAUUACAUGAGCCAUAUUGAGAAAUGGUAGCCAUGGUGGACUACUGCUUAUCUCAUGUUCUGAAAAUAAUGAUAAGUGAACUUUUGGUCUUCUAGAUCGUAAUGGAUCUCGGAGGUUGAAAGAAUUUUUUUAAUGUCUGUAAUUUUGAAAAAAGAAUCUGUAAAACAGAGAUGUUUGCUUCAGGGCAGUAUGGGUCUUUCUAGACCACCAAGGUGCACAAGGGAUCUGGACGCAGAACUAAGCCAGGAUACUACAGCUGGUCAACCAUGUAAUGUAAAGAAAUGAUUUUGUGACCCAGCACAGUUGAUGUCUGUGGAGCUAUUAGCAAUGGAUAAUGAAAUUUUCAACUACAUUUAUGGCACCUGGAUACACAUCCUGCAAUGAGAAAAUGGAUGUGUUUGCAUUAGCUCAGUGACUGGUGCCAUUUAAUUCUCAACAUGAAUAUGCAGUGUGUUCGUUUUUGGAUGAUUUCAUGGGUUUUGAAAAUUUUAAAAUUCAGGUUUGAAAUUUUGUACAGCCACUGGCCAAUUGAACCACUGAGUAAAAGCAUUCCCAAUCUAGUUCAAUUCCAGUCAUUCCCACUCAAGGCUAAUCCAAUCCUUUUAUUCUCUCCCUUUUGCUUUCCUGAAGGACUUGACCUUCUUUCCUAGUGUAUGGUUCCAUGGACAUUGAUUGCCCUCCGAUAUAUUAUCCGAAUGAUUGUUAUUCAAGGACGAUCCUUGACGUGAAUGCAGGCCCAAUAUCUAACUGCGGAGGGGACGUAUUAGCCAAGCCUGAUCCCGUCCUCGGCCGAUACCCGCAUAGCCAUCACUGUAUAUUAAGCAGGAAUGGGAAACCUGCCCAUUUCUUUUCCCCCUUUCUUAAACCUGAGGUGUCAGGGCCAAUUGUAGGGCCAUUCUGCUGCCUUAGGUGAGCUCGCCAAAAUCAGCACUGUCUAGGGAUGGAACCUUUGGACCUUCUCGAUGCGCGUGUCGUAGAGAUCAUGACAACAACCCUGAGCCUAGUUCAAUUCUCAAUGGUCAAGAUAAAAGCUCUGUGUUUAUAAUUAAUACCAAGUUGCAAUUGUACACAUACUCAUCUCAUCUGAGCCUGUUGUUCCUGAUACUUAGUGCGUUGAGCCAAUUCAUGCGGGAAGUUUAACAAAGGAUUUUUUUCAGUUACCACAAUUCUACAUUGGUUUGGGAAUCCCCUUAAUAUUCAUUUUGGUUGUUCUGAACAUUUUUUUAAGAUUGAAUAUUAUACCUGCACAUCUGUAAUUUUCUCAGCCAUUCUCCCAUAGUUCAGAUAGUCCUAUCAGCAGGACAAAAAGAUUAUUGUAGCUCAUGAAUCUCUUCGCUAUGAUAUUCAAUAUCAUGCUGUAGCCAUCCAUUUCAUGUUGUUUAUGCCAGACCAGAAACAUUUUGAACUGUGUAACGUUGCGGGAAUGACAUCCGACAACCCCAUGGUACGUCCUUGUGAGCACCAGACAAUUUUAGAUUAAUUUGAAGUCUUGCAGUGCUGACCAUUUUAUUCUCUAACCCAAAUCUAAUGGUGUUACUUACCUUUGUUUUAGAUCAUGGAAGGUGAGCUGGUACACAGUCCAACUGGAACAUCAAAGCCUCUUCCUCAGUCAGCAUCUUACCUUGACCAUUCUCAAACUUGAUGCCUUAAAAUCUGGCAUUCUUUGUCACAAAAUGAAAAUACCAAUAGUAUUUUGUUCAGAAUCCAAGAGCAGAUCUGACUGACAGAAAAUUGGGAAAUAUAAUCUUUGUUAGGCUAACCAUUUUAAUUAUGAUAAAGCCACAGCAUAUUUUAUAGUUGUACCAUCUGAAAGCGUAGUAAUCAUAUUUUUCUUCUCCCCCCUCCUCUCUUUGAUAACACACGAUCUUGGAUAAUUCCUAAGAACCAACUUCAAUAAAGACCAACCAAAUUGAGGUGAAUGAGCUUGUUUUGCUGUGUGCCACUACAUCCUCCAAAACACAUAAUCAUGGAGCCUCUCAAACAGUAUACACCCUUCCUUCCUUUCUUCAGAGAAAAUCUAAAUGAGUCAAAACAAAGUGUGAUUACCAUCUGCCCCAACUGUUGUGGCUUCCUUUGGUCCAAAUAUGACAGUCAUUAAAGAUGUAAAAUAUUCCAAAUUUGGAUGAUAAUUAUUUGUUAUUUUCAAGAACCAGAGAAUUCAUUGAAUAGGUUAAUUCUAAGAGAUAAUAAGUGACAGCCUAUUUCUGUCUGGAAACUUCAGAUGCAAUCAACUUGUCGCACGAUCUCCAUUUAUAAACGCAAAAUCUGUGUAAUCUGGAUUAAAAAACUGCUGCCUUUGAUUUCAUAAUUUACCUUUGCUCUAUCGUUGUUAACGUGAAAAAGUUGCACAUAUCCCCACCACUGAAGUCCAGCAACAUUGGCCAUACAGUAUCUAGGUGCUGCUCAGGAUUUGUUUUUUCUUUGUUGCGCUUUUUCAACCAUCUAAGCUAAUUUCUUUGCCUGGGUGUGCCUGGUUCCAAGAAGUGCAGUAACGUUUUAGGAGCCAAGCCAAGUUAGUUUAUGUACAAAAGCUGCAAAGCCAUAUGUGGUGUCUCCCUGGUUACUGUGUAUGAAGGAGCCAGUGACAAUUCAGUGCAAUUUUAUUCCCCCCUUCCUCCCCCCAGACACCAAAUUUGAACAUUUUUAAGGGGCGGUGUCAACUUGGUAGCAAAUCCUUGGGCAGGCUUUGUUUCUGGAACAGUUUCAGGUUUCAUAUGUUACUGUUAGAUUAAGUCAAAGACAAAUACCUUUUAGUGGCAGAUGCGAUUGGUAAUGCAGCUGUGUAAUUGUACUCCCAAUAGACCUGCCACCUGUCGCUCAUUGGGAGUGACGGGCUUUCGUUUUGGGUGAAAAUUUUAACAUGUUUUGAUAUAUGUCAUGGAGAAAUAAAUGGAUAAAAUAAAUGAAUAUGUUUAAAUGGC